GUUCCGGGAUGGCGCGCACCAUUCUUCAGUAUAAAGAAAGCGCUAGAACGAUGCGGUCUAGAAGAUAAUCUUCGUGUCCGUUUCUAUGUAUUACUACAGGCUGACUCAGAUUAAGUCUGAAGUCGGUAACAUCAACAGUGACGACAAACACAGCCUUCCUCUCUCCUUCCACACUGAGUUCAAACCUACAGUCACUGGGUCCUGAUUGUGACAGUGGAGCCCAGUUUGCACUGCAGGGUCCAGAGAUGGCAUCAGUGAAGAUGGAAGACUGCAGUCAAACACUGGAGCUGAAUGUCAACAUUAAAGAUGAAGAAGAGGAGGAGAAGAUUGGGACAUCUGUUUCUCAUGUGAGUCCAAACCUACAGUCACUGGGUCCUGAUUGUGACAGUGGAGCCCAGUUUGCACUGCAGGAUCCAGAGAUGGCAUCAGUGAAGCUGGAAGACUGCCAUCAAACACUGGAACUGAAUGUCAACAUUAAAGAUGAAGAAGAGGAGGAGAAGAUUGGGACUUCUGUUUCUCAUGGAGAUCAUGUUGAGACAUUCUCUACAUCCAGAGAGCAACAGCAGGAAGAUCACAGAGCUAACAGGUCUCACCACUGCCCACAUUGUGAGGAGAUUUUCCCAAUUCUAUCAAAGCUAAAAAUACACCUAAAAAUACAUACAGGAGAGAAUCUGUAUUUCUGCACUGACUGUGGGAAGAAUUUCACCACAUCAAGGGCUAUGAUAGUUCACCAGAGAGUACACACAGGAGAGAAGCCUUUCUCCUGCUCUGACUGUAGGAAGAGUUUCUCUCAAUCGAGCCACCUAAAACAACAUGAACGUAUACAUACAGGAGAGAAGCCUUACUCCUGCUCGGUCUGUGGAAAUAGUUUCUCUGGACGGGGACAUCUAAAACAACAUGAACGUAUACACACAGGAGAGAAGCCUUACUCCUGCUCUGACUGUUGGAAGAGUUUCUCUCACUCGAGCCACCUAAAACAACAUGAACGUAUACACACAGGAGAGAAGCCUUACUCUUGCUCUGACUGUGGAAAAUGUUUCACACAAUCGUCUCAGCUGAAAGUUCACCAGAGAACACACACAGGAGAGAAGCCUUACUCCUGCUCUGACUGUGGAAAUAGUUUCUCUCACCUGGGCCACUUUAAAACACAUGAACGUAUACACACAGGAGAGAAGCCAUACUCCUGCUCUGACUGUGGAAAAUGCUUCACAACAUCAACUGAGCUAAAAGUUCACCAGAGAACACACACAGGAGAGAAGCCUUGCUCCUGUUCUGACUGUGGAAAAUGCUUCACAACAUCAACUGAGCUAAAAGUUCACCAGAGAACACACACAGGAGAGAAGCCUUACUUCUGCUCUGACUGUAGGGCGAGUUUCUCUCAAUCCAGCCACCUAAAACGUCAUGAACGUAUACACACAGGAGAGAAGCCUUACUACUGCUCUGACUGUGGAAAAUGUUUUAAAUCAUCAGCUGAGCUAAAUGGUCACCAGAGAACACACACACGAGAGAAGCCUUUCUUCUGCUCUUACUGUGGCAAGAACUUCUCCCGAUUGGCCAAUGUAAAAACACACCAACGGCUACACACUUGAGAGAAGCCUCAUCAGUUCUCUCACACCAGCUAAGAUUUGUCACUCCACUUAAUUCUCAUCUCAUAAAAUAAUUGGCAACGUUGAAUUGGAUCAAAUGAAGAAAGUGUAGAACACUAUUGUAAUCAUAUUGUUUCUCACUGUGAAAGAACUGUGCAGAGGAAAAGGAGCAUUACAGAAUGUUAGCCUCUCUUUACUGAUCAGUGUGCAUCUUGUCAGUUUUGCUGUGUUUUUUUUAGCCCACGUCCAUAGAGACACAUACCAGCUCUACUGGUAGCACCGGUACUACCAGCAGUACCGCACCUGUUGACUGCACAAGUUGUUCUGCUUCCACGAACACAUCCAAUACUAGCAUCAGUAAUUCUACGUUUGUUGUUAGCCCAUCUAGCAUGGACACUGACAGUUGUGAAUCUGAUGCAGCCGCAGAGCUUCUGCCCCUUUACCCAGGAAAGCACUGAACAGCAGGCGGAUGUUGGACCAUCGUAGAGGUGCAAAUAUGGUGAGAACUACAUUGAUUUGGGGUUCACAUAUAUUGGGAAUAGUGCCUUUCCUCAGCUACAGUGUGUUAUAUCUCACAACUCAAUGAAAAAUCCACUCUUAACCACUCUUAACUAGAAACAAAACAUGCCAAUUUGAAAAUAAGCCACAGGAGUUUUUUGAGCGAGAGUUGAGACUACUUUCGAGUAGUAAGACAUGUAUAAAAGCUGCAGAUACCAUUAAUAAGAAGGGGCUAGAAGCGUCUUGGUGAGUUACCAAGUGUCUAGGACAGGCAAGCUCCAUACUAUUAUGGAGGACUUAAUUCUUCCUGCUUCUGUAGAUAUGGCUGGGGGAAAAUGUUUUUAAAAAUGAUUCCGUUUCAUGAUGCAUCAGUGACAUGGCAGAUGUUUUGAAACAAUUACUGCUUCGCAUACAAGCCAGUGAAUUCAGUGGGAUGAGUCAACAGACAGGGCCUGGCACAGCUCCUGGUACAUGUCUGUUACCUUUUUGGGGGGUCAAUUAAGGAAGACAUCCUCUUCUACAAACCACUGGAAACCAGGACAACAGGAUAUCUUUUUAAAGUACUGGCCAGCUUUGUGACAUCAAAUGGACUUUGGUGGUCAAGAUGUGUUGGUAUCUGUACUGAUGGCACAAAUGCCAUGACAGGGAGACAUAGUGGAGUGGUAACGGGCGUGCAAGCACUUACUCCCGAUGCUACUUGGGUUCACUGCAGCAUCCACCGAGAGGCUCUUGCUGGCAAGGGAAUGCCUGACCGCUUAAAAUACGUUUUGGGGACUACAGUGAAAAUUGUUGACUUUGAUAACAUGGAUAACACACAGGUCUUUCAUCAUUGUAUGAUUUAUUUUGUGUGCAAAUGAACUCAAGCUUAUGGUCAAUGUCACAUGUGAUCUAGCAAAGCACCUGAGUGAGUUUUGGUGUGCAAAUACGCAGGUACUUUCCUGAAACGGAUGACACAAACUAGAUUCGUUAUCCCUUUCAUGCCCUGCCUCCAGUCCACUUACCGAUAUCUGAACAAGAGAGCCUCAUCAAAAUUGCAACAUGCGGUUCUGUGAAAAUGUAAUUUAAUCAGAAGCUAAUGCCAGAUUUCUGGAUUGGGCUGUGCUCAGAGGAGCCUACCUUGGCAAAUCGCGCUGUUAAGACACUGAUGCCCUUUGGAACCACGUACCUAUGUGAGAGUGGAUUCUCGGCCCUCGCUAGCAUAAAAACUAAAUACAGGCACAGACUGUGUGUGGAAAAGGAUUUAAGACAACUCUGCAAUGUUGGGUUGUAUUGGAGAGAGUAUGUGCAUCCUUUCAAGCAAACCCUUCUCAUUAACCUGCGGUGAGUCUUUCACAAUUUUCAAUGAGCAAGGAAGGUUUAAUAUGUAAAAUGGCUAAAUAAAGAGCAAAAUGUAUUAUUAUCAUUAUUAUUAUUUGUGCCCUGGUCCUAUAAGAGCUCUCACUUCCCACGAGCCUGGUCGUGACAAACUCACACUCAUUCUUAUGUUUAAUAAAUGUAGUGUGUGUGUGUGUGUGUGUGUGUGUGUGUGAGAAAGGCUUACAAUAUUUGAGAGCACGCUGACCCUGAUGCUAGAGGGGGUACGCAGCUGGAGGUUGAAUGUUUGAAGGGGUACGGGACUAUAAACGGUUUGGGAACCACUGGUCUAGAUCGUCCAAGUUCCUGCUGUGUCAUGCGGAUGGGAAGACUAGGCUAUAGAUAAAACCAUGAGUACAUGCAUCCAUGCCGUGUGUCAGCAUUGCAGGCUGGUGGUGAUGGUGUGGGGUGUGUUUUCAGGGCACACAUUGGGCCCCUUGUGGAGCAACGUUUUAAUGCCACAGGAUAUCUAAACAUUAUUGCCAAUCAGGUGCAUCGCUUUGCAGCAGCAAUGUAUCCAGCUAUGGAUUUUUUCAGCAGGAUUAUGCCCCAAGGCUUGUCCAGGAAUGGUUCCAUGGGAACCAUGACAGGGAAUUCAGUUUACUGCAGUGGCCUGCCGAGUCACCAGAUCUCAAUCCAAUUGUGCAUCUGUGGGAGGAGAUGGAACGAGCUAUUCAGAGUAGACGUCCACUCCCAGCCAACCCGACACAACUGUGGGAAGCAUUGGAGUCAUCAUGGCCCAGCAUCCCUGUGGGAGUCCAUGGCCUGACGAAUUGAGGCUGUUCUGAGGACAAAGGGGAUUGCAACUCAAUAUUAGGAUGGUGUUCCUAAUGUUUUGUACACUCGGCGACAAAGGAAAGUAUUCAGACCCCUGGACUUUUUCCACAUUUUGUUACAAAAAUUCCUCAAUCUACACACAAUAGCGCAUAAUGACAAAUUGAAAACAGUUUUUUAGAUUUUUUUUCUGGUAAAUAAUAAAUAAGUAUUCAUACCGUUUUUACUAUGGAGACUCAAUUAUACUCCGGUACAUCCUGUUUCCAUUAAGUAUCCUUGUGAUGUUUCAAUAACUUGAUUGGAGUCCACUUGGUAAAUUCAAUUCAAACAGGCACAUACCUGUCUAUAUAAGGUCCUACAGUUGACAGUGCAUUUCAGAGCAUAGUGAAGCAUGGUGGUGACAGCAUCAUGCUGUGGGUAUGUUUUUCAACGGCAGGGACUGGGAGACUAGUCAGGAACGAGGGGGAAGUUGAACGGAGAGCAAAGUACAGAGAGAUCCUUGAUGAAAACCUGCUCCAGAUUGCUCAGGACCUCACACUGGUCCACCUUCCAACAGGACAACGACCCUAAGCACACAGCUAAGACAAUGUUUGCAAAACUGUUUUUGCUUUGUAAUUUUGGGGUGUUGUAUGGAGAUUGAUGAGGGGAAAAAUGAUUUAUUAAUCUUUAUUAUAAAAUGUAACGUAACAAAAGGUGUAAAAAGUCAAGGGGUUUCAAUACUUUUUGAAUGCACUGUAUCAGAUAAAGAAGUUUUUUUUUUUAACCUUUAUUUAACCAGGCAAGUCAGUUAAGAACAAAUUCUUAUUUUCAAUGACGGCCUAGGAACAGUGGGUUAACUGCCUGUUCAGGGGCAUAACGACAGAUUUGUACCUUGUCAGCUCGGGGGUUUGAACUUGCAACCAAUGUGAUGUUCAGUUUUCAGCAUUAGUUUCGGUAGAUUAUUUUUAUAUUACCAAAUACGUUUUGUUUAAUGAUAAACAGGCUAUGAAUUGACUAGUUAAAAUUGAGUAUUAAAUUGUCUUUUAAUGCUAGAUUCAUUGUUUUAGAGAUUGAUUAAUAUAUUUUAAUAACUGUUGAAUUUAAUUGAUAUAAUAUUUGUACAUUAAUUUGUUCUGGGCAACAUCUUCUCUUGUGUAUAGUUUUAAAUGAAACAAACUGUUUUAAUGUGUCUAUAUAUGAACCAAAUUUGAUCCCAUUCACAUUCCUACAAACAAAUGGCCCACACUGUGUAUAUAUAAUUGUUGACAUCCGAUGGUCAUUCUUAUGGUGGGUUACAAGAUGCAGGAUCCUUCCAAGUUGAACCCACCAGAGGGGGACUGUCAUGACGGUCCUGUGAGGAUCAGGUUACAGUGGAUCCCAGUUCUACAGAGAGAUCUCUCCCUCCCUCCCGAAGAGGGGGAGAAGUAUAGAGGUAUUGAUGGGGGGGGGGUUUAUGACCCUCACGCCCAUCGUAAAUUAUAAUGCAACAGCCCAACUCCAUUCUGUUCUCUAAUGUGUGAGACUGGAAUGUCUGUGUGUCUUAGGAAGAGUUUACAGCCCAAAACUACACAACAUCAAAUAAAUGGACUUUGGGACAUGUAUUUUUGAUCAACCAAAUGGUGGAAACAAUGAUGGAUAGAAUAUGAAAAUAAAUGUCUAUUUUAAGAUGAUCUUAAGUUAGUUGAGGAUGUUAUAAUGAAAACAUUAACUUGAAGAGUUUUCAUACUGUAUAUGUGAUGUUUACAUUCUUUGUGUCGAGAAUAUGCAGAUGAAAGAGGAUGUUAUGGUGAUAAGACUGAUUUUAGUUGUCUAAACGAGAUCAUAGAGAAUCCUAAUACCUUGUAACUAGCUACGCCCCAGGGAACCCAGAGAGUGUGUCAUAAAGAUGGAAAUGCCCCUUUCUACUCCAGGAUAUAAAACACGAGUAAGAAUUUACAUAUCAGACUAAGUUGACCACGCGCUGCAGCUGAGGUCUACUGCUAGUCGUGACCCCGAAACGCAACACGAGGUUGAAGACAAAGUAAAUCUCUGAACAAUCAAGUUUAUGGUGGAGAAGUUAUUCUAAGUACUGUAUCUAGGAAGUUGAACUUGAGCUAUUUUCAAGUCACCGGUUGUCUACACGGUCCUCUUACCCACUCCGGGAGCAUCGACACGCCUGAUUAGCCUCCUCAGAAGCUGGAAACUGACAACUAAGAGAAAGGACAUUGUGACAUAGUUUGGAAAAUCAGAGACUUACACCUGAAGACGAAUGAACAAGGCGUUGGCCAAACCUUUCCCACUAAGCGGAACUCGACCCACAAAGAGACACCCAACAGAGACUUUCAACACAUAAAUACAUGCAUUACACUUUUUAAAUCGUAACAGGGGCAGUUCAGGGCAAGGUGUUAGGGCUGAAACUAAGCAUAGUUUACAAAUGUAUCCAAGUGUUGAAUUUCUCUCUUUCUCUCUGUGUGUGAAGCUCCAUCUUGCAUUGGUCCACUAGGGACCUGUUUCCAUUUUAUGAAGUUUUAACCAAUAACCUAGACUGUUUGUGUAUAUUUAUUUUAUGUUAUCAUAUAACUGGUUAGUAAAUAAAUAAUAAUCUAAA